CUCAACCUCUCCAACUCACUCACAACAUACAAUACUACAUGUCCUCCAAUUCCUCACUACCCGAAUCCACCACCAUGUCCGCCGCAUUGAAAGGCGCCCCGAUCCACUUCGGCCCCUUCCUCGUAACCUCCCAAGUCUUCCACCAAACCCCCCUCACCAUCGCCCUCGUGAACCUCAAACCCAUUCUCCCCGGCCACGUGCUUGUGUCCCCACGCCGCGUCGUCCCCCGCGUCGCGGACCUCACGCCCUCCGAGACCAGCGACCUCUUCCAGACGGUGCGGCGCGUCGGCCGCAUGAUCGAGCGCGUCUACGGCGGCAGCAGUCUGAACAUCGCAGUCCAGGACGGGGUCGAUGCGGGACAGAGCGUGCCGCAUGUCCAUGCGCAUGUGAUUCCGCGUAAACGCGCCGAUCUGGAUCAUUUGGGGGGGACGGAUGCGGUGUAUGGGUUGUUGGAUGGGGAGGAGGGGGAUGUUGGUGCUGAACUUUCUAGACAGAAGGAGAGGGAGAGGGAGGGGAGGAGAGGAGGGGAGAGGUUUCCGGCGGUG